UGAGCACCUCCAGGAACGGUGACUCCAUCACCUCCCUGUGGUGGGCAGCCUGUGCCAGUGCCCCACUGCUCUUUCUGGGAAGAAGCAGGGAGAGCACCUCGUCCCAUGCUGGGCUGCGUGGGACCCCAUCUCCACCAUCCCCACAGCCCUAUCCCUCAGCCUGGCCAUGUGCCGGAGCUGAGUGCACAGGGAGACGCUCUGCAAAGGGCUACAGGGGCACACACAGACCCCGCUGCUCACUGCCCUCCUUCUGGCUUCUGUCUCUGCUUGCUGCCACGCUGUGCUUCGUGGUGAUGUUGUUGCUCUUUAUGGCUGGUGGGGCUGAUCUUGAGUGAGUCAUUACGUGGCAAAUGGGAUCCAAUCACUGCGACAUUAUUUCCUCGCCCGGUUUUCUUUGCAAAUGAGAUUCUGCAGAACUCGGAGCGAUUUUUUUUUUCCUUCCAGCCAAAGGCCUCUUCCCGGCCCCAUUUAAAAGCCUACGAAUUGGGUGUGGGAUAGAAUGAAUAUUUACCACAGGGCUCACCGGGCAGCAAGCUAAUAAACAUGCUGGCAAUCAAUCCUGGCAGAGCAGCCGCACCUGGAGCGCGCCGGUGCAUGCAGAGCGGCUCUGAGCGAGGAGUGGGGAGAGGCCGUCCCUGCGCCGAGAUGCUCAUUUCUCUGCUUUGGUGACUCACGAGGGAGGAGGUUUGGAAAGGAAUAAAUAGAGCCCAUAAAGUGUCUCGUUGAUGCUUGGGAGGAUGCCCUGGAUCUGUGCUCUGUUUCAGUGAUCCAGAGGAGGUCCUGCUGGAGCUGAGUGAUCCCCAAAACUCUACGGGUUGGGCAGCACGUUUUUGGCUGAUGGAAUGCUCUCUGGGAUCAGAACAAAGACCACUUUGCCAAGAGCAGCUCUGGGGCAGGAGGUUGGGUUCCACCCCCAUGCUCACACUCAUGCCGGUGUCAUGGGCCUUCACCCUGGAAUGCCCUUCCCUGCCCAUGAACAAGAGCAUCCCCAGGUCCUGAUGGAGCCCUGUAAGAGCCUCACGCUCCUGCCAGGUGCAGAGGCACUUGUCUGUGCUGGCCCUGAUUAGCAAAAUGAUGGUUGCCAUGGAGCCCCAAUUCCUGCUCUGCACCCCAGCAGACCCAGGGGGAGGCACACGUAGAGUAGAGGCCAAUUGCACUCUUCCGCAGAAAGCUGAUUGCUUUUAUCCCAGCGGACAUCUAAACGGUCCUUUCAUUCAUUUCCUUUCUCCUUUCAGCCCAUUUUGGGGGGGGGGAAAUAAAUGUCCCCUCCUGGGAUCUCUCCGAUGGGCUGGGAGGAGGCUCAUGGGAUGACCUGGGGCAGAGCAUCUCAUGUACCAUCCUGCAUCCCAUGGGAUCCCAGAUCACUUUGGGGCUUUUGGUGUCCCCUGGCGGUCAUGGGGACAACCCAGGACUGAUGCUCUUUAGUAUCUUUAUCAAUGACAUUGACAGUGUGAAGCCAGCAAGAAGUGAGCUCCGGCAUUAAGGAAAGCCAGGCAGGGUUAAUGCAAUAAAGUGCCCAACGAGGAGAAUGGGAUGAAGAGCCAUGCCCCAUAUGCAGUUCCUCCUCUUUAUGAGCAGUAAUGGAACAGGAGUUGCCAUCUUCAGAUGAUUUCAUUUAUCAGAAAAUUGAAAAGCAGAAUGGAUUGCUCUGAAGUGCCGUUGGGCCCACGGGGGACGUGUAGCAAGAAACAGAUGUUGAGGGAUAAAAAUGGGAAGCAGCGUGCAGUCGCUGGGAGGCAUGAACCCUUCCCAAGAGCCGCGGUGGCGGAGAGGUUUCCAGGAAUGCUACCUCCUCAAGGCAGCCUCUGUGCCACAUGGACUCAUCCCGACCUUGGGUGUGGAUGGGGAGAAUGCAGCCUGGGCAUCAGCCAGGAGCAGGGAAAGGAACAUGUGCCACCCCCAGGCCGGCAUUGCUCAGGUGCAGGUGCUGAGCACAGCAGUGCAAUGAGUUGUGCUGGGGCUCAGCUUGGGUGCGAGAGGUGGCACAGGGCAGGAGGCGUAAGGUCUGUCCUGGUUGGUCUGUCCUGCCUGCUCUUUCCCAUCUCCUUCUCCAAGAUCCCUGCCUCACCUGCUCAAACCCAGCCCUGCUGGAUGCUCUCCCAUCUCCAUCCUCCCCACGUUGUGCACAGACAGCAUGGCACCAGGAUGGGAUGGACCGAGGAAAGUCCCCCAGAUAAUGACACCUUUCAACAUCCCCCCUGGAGUGCUGGAUCUCUGGAUCCCUACCAACCCCUUGACACCCUCAGAGGGGUCAAAGGGACGAUGCUGGCAGUGGGUGCAUGUCUCUAGCUGUGCAGCCAAAGUGCCAUGGAGCCAGAGCAGGGCAGAGACCCCCGACCCCCUAUGCAUCACCUCCUGAGCUUCCGCGGUGAGAGGACGAGGGGAGACCCCUGGGUCCCUGUAAAAGCCUGGCAGCCCUCAGCCCUGCCUGCCGGCAGGAGGCAGCAACACGGCGUGGAGCUGGAGGCAGGAGCGGGGGUUCUGGGGGCCGCUGGAGCCAGCCCCAGGGAUGACGACCGCAUGUGCCAAUGGAGCCACUGGGGCAGGAUCUGGGCUUAGAGGUAAGGCUGGGUGCUCAGCUGCUCCUCCGGCUGGAAGUUGGGCUGAAACUGCUAAAAAAAAAACACAGAAAAGCACAUGUUUUGGGAGAGAGAGGAGCUGCAGGGGGAGAGGGGACAGGCAGCCUGUCACGGUGCAUUGGGGCACGCGAACGCGUGGGGAGUGUGUGGGGUGUGCGCGUGCACGUGUCCGUGAGCCUGCAGAGAGGGACUGUUGCCCUGCAACGGGUGGGGGCUGAUCAGAGCAGAGGACAGGCAGACAAACAGGCAGGCAAGCAGACAGACGGACAAACAGACAGAUAGACGGACGGGCAGACGGACAGCGAGAGGUGAUGCCGCGAUCACAGCAGUGAUGGGCUCCAGCUCGGGCAGCGCUCCGCAGCCGGCGAUGGAGAGGAGCCAGGGGUGGCACAUCUGGGAACCCGGAGACCCCGAGCAGCCGCUGGCUCCGUCUGCUCCCUCCCUGCAGAAUUCCGUCCAACUCCGGCCCCCGCGCCCGCUAGUGUCGGCAGAGCAGCGCUGAUCGAUGCCUCCUUCACUACGCAAAUGGCAAAUCACCGCGUUGUGAAGGCUGCUGGUGGGGAUGGAGACGGCCGUGCUCCCCUCCCCCGGGACUCUCUCGAGUCAAUGGAGUUUAUGACUUUAACGUAUUUCCUCUCCCCUCCUGAAGAGCAUCUCCACCGCGGUGCCGCUUUGCCGGCGAGGUUCCAGCCCCCGGUCUGGGCACUGGGUUUGGGGACGGGAGGAAGCCCCCCGGAAGCCCCCCGCUGACGGAGGAGAGCAGCAGCUGGCGGAGAGGGGCAGCGGGUUUCCGAGAGCUGAGCUCCAAGUGGAAAGCAGGAUUCCUUUCCCCUGCCUCUUAAGGCAGCGACGUCUCCAUCCCCUCCCUCGCUCCCUCCCCGUCCGACCCCAGCUGACACAGGGGUACUGGGACCUCAUCCUGCGUCCGGAGCUUCCCAACGAGACCCAUGAAUCCCUACGUCAACUGCUCCAGCCCCGAGCUCCCCCUGCCCCAGCGAGACUUCCCCGUGGAGCCCCCCAGCCCUGACCUCUGCAACAGGACUCACCCUGACGCCUUGUUCGACCCCAAAGAUGCCAACCUGACGGAGGAGCAGCUGCGGCAUAAGUACUUAGGGCCUCAGCGGUCCAGCUUCUUCAUCCCUGUCUGCGUGAUCUACCUGCUGAUCUUUGCCGUGGGGGCAGUGGGCAACACACUCACCUGCAUCGUCAUCCUGCGGCACCGCUUCAUGAGGACGCCCACUAAUUACUACCUGUUCAGUCUGGCCGUGUCCGACCUGCUGGUGCUGCUGCUGGGGAUGCCGCUGGAGCUGUAUGACAUGUGGAGCAAUUACCCCUUCCUGCUGGGUGCUGGGGGCUGUUACUUCAAGACGUUGCUCUUCGAGGCCGUCUGCUUCGCCUCCAUCCUCAACGUCACCGCUCUGAGUGUGGAGCGCUACAUUGCCGUGGUGCACCCGCUCAAAGCCAAGUACGUGGUGACCAGGAACCACGCCAAGAGGGUCAUCGUCACCAUCUGGGUGGUUUCGGUCAUCUGCUCCAUCCCCAACACCAGCCUCCAUGGGCUGCAACCUCUCUACGUGCCCGGCCGGGGCCGCGUGCCUGAUUCGGAGAUCUGCACUCUGGUGAAGCCGCGCUUGACCUACAACCUCAUCAUCCAGAUCACCACCAUCGUCUUCUUCUUCCUGCCCAUGGGGACCAUCAGCAUCCUCUACCUGCUCAUUGGCCUGCAGCUCAAGAAAGAAAAGAUGCUGGAGGCCCUGGGAGCCAAGUCCAGCGGUGACAGUGACUAUCGCGGAGUCCGGGGACAGAAGAAGGUGAAGAGGAGGCAGGUCACGAAGAUGCUGUUCGUGCUGGUGGUGGUGUUCGGAAUCUGCUGGGCCCCGUUCCACACUGACCGCCUCGUCUGGAGCUUCGUCUCCACCUGGACCGGCCCCAUGCUCCACAUGUUCCAGUACGUCCACAUCAUUUCAGGCAUCUUCUUCUACCUGAGCUCGGCUGCCAACCCCAUCCUCUACAACCUGAUGUCCACCCGCUUCCGUGAGAUGUUCAAGGAGGUGAUGUGCCACCCCAGCCAGCGCCCGCCAGGCUCAUGCAAGCACUCACCCAGCAUCACCCACGCCACCACCCGCAGCACCGAGUGUGAGCCCAUACCCAGUGCCAAUGGGCUGCCCCUCUCCGACGCUGAGGAGUACGAGAUGGAGGAGAUGGAGGAGAUGGAGGAGAUGGAGGGUGGCCAGGCUGCCACACGUGCCACAUCCCUCUGCUGAACAGUGGGAGGACAUGGAGGGACCAAAACAUCUUCCCCACCAUCAGCAUCAGCAUCAGCAUCACCCCGGCAUCCAUCUGCGCAAUGGAGGGGAGAGAUGGAGCCGUGCAUCCUCAUGCUGUCCCACCAGGAGCUACUCCAGGGACUUGGUGACCAUCUCUUGCCUCACUACACCCAGGCUGCAUUGCAUCCUCCGCGCUCAGCACUGGGGCCAGCCAAAGCCAGGGCAUCGUGGUGCCGCAGGGUCCCCCUCAUCCCCACCCUGCAUGAGUUGUUCCUCACCCAAGAAUUACAAAUCAGAGCUAUCCCCUCAGUUUGUGCCCUAGUUGCAUUCCCCAGGAUCCAGACCUGUCCCCAGCACCCAGCCAUCCUCCCACGUGGUGACAACAGUGAUAAGCACUGUCCCUUCGUCCCCCUCCUGCAUAUCCUCACAUCUUUGCGCAAUAAAGUUGCUGGGGAAGGUGGUGAUGACAGCUCCUGCCCCUCAAGGCACCCCAAAAUGUGCUGCCAUGCCUUGAUGGCUCUCCUGGGGCUUUGCUCACUUGAGGUGGGGAAGGUGUGAGUGGGACGUGUGAUGCACAGGGCCAACCCCGGAGCGGAGGCGAUCAAUCUGUCCCCAGACGCGCUGCUGGGAAAAUGUCACAAAAUGCCACGGCAGGUGGGCAGGC